UCAGUGUCAUGACAUGGCUAGCAGCGCAAUCAUAAUAGCAGGCAUUUGGCUGGUAGUCGCUAAGUAGUGCAAUUAUUGAUAAAAAUAUUGAUUUUUACUACUGAAUGUGCAGAGAAAUAAAUAUCAGCUAAACAUAAGUGAUAAUGAAAAAGAUUUAAAUAAAUAAGUUACUACUCUCAAAAGCAGGCAUUAUGCUAUGAAACAUAAAUCACGAGCUGGCAGUGAAUUAUUGAUUUUGUAGACGCUCCGGGAUUCCCGUAAAUAAAUAACAAUGGCCGCAAUGAGCAGUGAUCAAGUAUUAGCCAGUGAUUCGGAAGUGAACAUACGCAGAGGGCUUGAUGUAAUUCAAAGUAUGAUAGAUAUUUCGGCGGAUCGCCUGGAGGGCCUCAGAACCCAAUGUGCCACCAGCGCCGAACUCACACAGCAAGAGAUUCGAACCCUUGAAGCCAAGCUCGUGAAAAUGUUCUCGGAACUUUUACUGACGAAGGCAAAACUGUCGGAACGGUUACCGAGCCGCGGAUUGCCAGCCACUGGUAAUGAGCUCCGGCAAUGGCUUCGCGUUGUUGGAUUAAGUUCUGCAUCGUUGAACGCUGUGAUACAAAAAGUAAAUUCACUGGAAAUUUUACUCGACAAGAACGACGUCGAGCUGCGUGAAAUACUACUCAACAACAUCAACGCCCGUGACGAAGAACUACGCCGAUUAAUACAUGCCAUGAGCAAUCUUCGACGCUGUCGGGAAUAUCUACAGUCGGGUGAUUCAAAAGAACCUACAGAUUUAUUUUGGGACUCGUGGGAUCGCCAUUCAACACAUUACCGUGGCUCUCCUAGGAUAAGCCGCUCUCUACCGCGAGCUGCCAAGAAAUCAUCACAAACCGAUCGACACAUUAAUGGCGUUGUCCACAGUCCGGUAGAUAUAAACAAAACCGUUACACCAUCUGACAGUGGAUCAGAUAGGCUUUUGCAUCCAAACAAAACUAUUUCUCCGGAAGAAGCCUCCACUUGUACGCUCACUCCUUCACCGUCACCACCUACGUCUCCUUCGAACUCAACUCUUCCAAGACAGACCAAGAAGAGCUUUCCGACAACACCCCCGCCUAAGAAAAAACAUCAGACUCACAUUCGUCAAGCGGCUAUAAAUCAAUCAUCCACAGUGCAGACACAUCAGUUAUCCCAAAACAACAAUCUUAUCAAUCAUGUCCAAGGCUCGAUUAAUGCCAAUACCGAUCAAAUGAUAUCACUGACAAAAUCCCGAUCACACGAAUUACAAUUUGUGGCGAACCAUCCAGCGCAGACAUUAGAAAGCGUUAAUCAAAACAUGAUGAAUUCUAAUGACAUAACCACGUGCGCUCAGACUGUAUCGACUGGCAACGGCAGCAUUCCAACGUCGGGAGCUCGCACCCGUUUGCACACUGAUCCUACCCCCGAGCACCAUCACGCUAUUGAAGGAACUGAUAGCAUUAUAUCUAAUCUACAUAAUUUGUCCAUACCACCUAAGUCUCCCUGCACGCCUAUUAUAACACGUGUCAUGGGCCAUAUGAUUCAACAUCGCUUCACAAAAAAAUUCAAAGUUACAAAAAGCACCUGCGACCUAUGUAACAAGCAAAUGUUUUUCGGAUUUAAAUGUACGGAAUGUAAAUAUCGCUGCCAUAAAGAUUGUAAAUCACAUGUACCUCCUUCUUGUGGAUUACCUCAAGAGCUCGUGGAUGAGUUCAAGAAAAGUUUGCAAUCCGACACACUGGUUCCGAAUGUUUCGCCAAACCUAUGUAGCCGCGUUAUGUACGCAAAAGAUCGGAACCGUGCCCAGCUGCAUGGGAUCCAUGGCGGUCCAGACAGCAGUGGCUCAAGCUGCAACAGUUCAUCCCCUUCGAGUCCGGCUUUAUUGUCGUUACCACCUCAAACACCUGCCGCUUCUAAACAUUCCCAAUUCAACUUUCCGGAAGUAUCGAUAAAUAAUUCAUUCAACAUUGCCGUAGAUCCGGACGAAAUAACAUUAGAAACACACCCAAUCAAUAAUAAUAAUAGCCGACAUCCUGGUAUGGAGAUUCCUAGGGUACAUCUUUCUAAAUUGCCAGAGUCACAUGAAAGCAAUGAUAGUGACAAAACCGGCUCGACAAGUGCGGCAAGCACCGAUUCAUCCUCGGAGCGUACUCCGGUCAGACUGGAUUCAACGGAAGAAAGGGAAAACGACAAUUGGCCUCGUCAAAAUAGUCUUUCUCUCAAAGAAUGGGACAUUCCUUAUGACGAUCUUAAACUGUUGGAAAAAAUUGGUAACGGUCGUUUCGGCACCGUGCAUCGCGCUCUAUGGCACGGAGAUGUUGCCGUCAAGCUACUGAAGGAAGGCUAUGUUGGAGAUGAUAAAACUCUGGAGGCAUUCAAACUUGAAGUUGCCACGUUCAAAAAGACUCGUCAUGAAAAUGUAGUUCUAUUCAUGGGAGCAUGCAUGAAUCCUCCGAGGCUGGCUAUUGUCACUUCUUUGUGUAAAGGUAACACGCUGUACACACAUAUUCAUAUACGCAAAGAUAAGUUCAAUUUGAAUCGUACUACUAUCGUUGCCCAACAAAUAUCACAAGGAAUGGGUUAUCUGCAUGCCAGGGGCAUCGUUCAUAAAGAUCUUAAAACUAAAAACAUCUUUCUAGAAAAUGGAAAAGUGAUAAUAACUGAUUUUGGCCUCUUUAGCGCUACUAAAUUGUUGUAUUGUGAUCUAGGAUUAGGCAUUCCAAGCGGUUGGUUGUGCUACCUGGCCCCGGAAUUAAUGUGCAAGCUCACUUCCUAUCGUCCGGUAGACGAAGAUUUGCCGUUCUCGAAAUCGUCGGAUGUUUUCGCUUUCGGUACUGUCUGGUAUGAACUAUUGUGUGGUGAUUUCCCUUUCAAGUCACAGCCUCCAGAGGCUAUCAUAUGGCAGGUUGGACGGGGUAUGAAACAAACAUUAGCCAAUUUGCAAGCUUCGCGUGACGUCAAAGAUAUUUUGAUGAUUUGUUGGGCAUUUCAAGCGGAUGAUAGGCCAGACUUUGCCAAGUUAUUAGACAAGCUUGAGCGGCUGCCUAAGAAACGCCUCGCGCGAUCGCCAUCUCAUCCAGUACAAUUGUCGCGCUCAGCUGAAUCAGUUUUUUAAAUUAAAUUGUAUUAGAUAACAGCAAGUUGACGCAUUUAAAAAUAUUAAAAUAAGGUCUAAAUGUUUUUAUAGUCACUGCAGACUUUAUUAUCGUAAGGGCAAACUCGUAUUUAUUAGUGCAACAUGUGUAAAAUCUAAUAAACAGCUUUCUACAAUUUCUUUAAAAAUCUUGAAGUCAAACCAAAUCCUAGUUCUUAAAACACAUUAUUAAAAGGCAUACGAAUGAAACCAUAAAUUGUAAAUAAUUUGUUUCUCAUAUAGUAUAUCGUAAAUUAUUGCGAAAAUGUAACAUUAAAGUAUUGUAAUAUGGUUAUACAAUAAAUAAAUUACGUAAAUUAUUUAAGAAA